AUGGACUUCGUGCAAGGACUGGACCCCUCGAAACUCGUUCUGGCAGAGACCGCGCUGUCGUUCCUGCUCAGCCCCUUCGCCGCGCCGCCGUACAAUCUCCCGAUCUUCCUGUUCGGAGCAUACGCGCAAGAGAAUGCCGAGGCAGCGCAGUCUCUGCAGACUUUCACUGGCAUGCUGGGCGUGUCCGCCAUCUUCGAUAUCGUCUGGAUGGCCCGUCAUGAGCAGAAUGGCUUCAUCAAGUUCCUUACUGUGAUCCUGCUCCUUCUCAAGAUCCCUACGUUCGCUGCCUUUGGCUUGGCCAUGCGCCAGCGCGGCUCAGGCCUUAACCUGCGUGGAAGCGAUAUCACUGGCCCGACCGGUGCGUUCUGA